GCAGCAGAUACCCAACAAAGGACACGAUUCACAAACACCAUCGAUAUAUAAUUGUGUUUGGUUCAUUCAAACUGAGUUUUUUUUAUUAAUUUUUACAGAAAAAUACUAAGAGCCAAUACCACAACUUAUCCUUUUCCGUUUUAACUGAUAAGAUAUAAUGUAUAGUUGAUCGAGUGUGAUUUUCAAUGUCAAGGUUAUUCUCCGUAAAAACCGGUGAAUAAAUGUGAAUAUGUGAAUUCUGGGAUUGAAAACCUUUGAUUUUUUGCUAUUACAUUCCAAGAUUUGUCCUUUAACAAAGAACGUUUGUUGUUUUAACAAACACUUCCAUCUUUCAAUAAUGGCCAAUGAUCCUGGACACUGGGUGUGCCACCGGCCCUUAGGUGCCGGCGGUUUUGGCAUUGUGCAACUAUGGAGAAAUGAUUAUACAAACGAGAUGAUAGCAAUAAAAAUAUGCAAAAGCAACAAUGACCAAUUAACAAAGAAGCAAAAAGAGAGAUGGCUCAACGAAGUUAAAACAAUGACGUCGUUGCAACAUCCCAAUAUCGUGGAGACCAGAACUGUUCCCACCCAACUUCAAGGACUUCAAAACCCCCUUCCUGUACUUUGUAUGGAAUAUUGCAAUCGUGGAGACCUAAAAACACUCCUAAACCAAACUUCAAAUUGUUGCGGUGUUCGAGAGAGUGAAGCGUAUAAAAUAAUGCGGGAUGUUGCAUCAGCAGUUGAAUAUCUUCAUAGUCGCAAUUUCACACACAGAGAUCUGAAGCCUGACAAUAUUGUAAUUCAGCGAUAUGGAGAAAAGGUAACAUAUAAACUCACAGAUCUCGGUUACGUUUGUGAGCUUGGAGACAUGACCAUCGAUCGUUCUGUAGUCGGUACACUCAAUUAUCUGGCUCCUGAAUUACUCUGGAAAGACGGUUAUACACGCUCCGUCGAUUAUUGGAGUCUUGGAAUAUUAUUUUAUGAAAUAAUCACCGGCAACAGACCAUUUUUCCCAGAUAUGCACGUUACACCCACUUGGAUUAAUUAUGUGAAAAGGAAAAGCGACAAUACUAUCAGUGCAAGAAUGGAAGAGAAUACCAUCAAAUUCAGCGACGAAAUCGAAAAUCCCACGACAAUAUCUGAGUGUAUGCGAUCUGAGCUGACAAAUUGGUUCAGGCUAGUCCUCAAAUGGGAUCCAAAAAAACGUGGCAAGAUGAAAGACAGCGAAGGCAUCGAAAGAACGGUCGUCUUCGGUCUCCUUCAGCCGUUGUUAUCCAGAAAGAUCAUUUACAUGUUCGUUGUUCCUUUAUAUCGCCUGGACUCAUACGUCGUUGAUCCCCAAAUAAGCGUAGCGGAUUUACAAAUUUUAAUCCACGAAAAAACGAGAAUUGAAGUCUUCAAUCAAAUUAUCAGUGAUACGAAAUGCAAUGUUCUGAAUGAUCCCAAAUCUCUCGUCUUCAAUUGCAUUGAGGAUUCGUACCUUAUAGUUUUCCACAAAAACGGUCCCCACGUGGAUCAGAAUCCCGUUCCAAUCGUUCCAUCGUUGGUUCAACGGAUCUUGGAAAAUCGAAAAGCUUUGAACCACGACGAAAUCGAUAGAUGUUACAGCACGGCUGUAUUUUUCAUAUACCAGGAACAGGAACUUUUCCGUUCCUACAUCAUCGCCCUCAGUAUCAACAUCGAUUUAAACAAUAUGGCGCUUGAUAAUCUCUGCAAUACUGUGAAUGCUUUGAGAGAUCAAGCGAAUGAGUUGAUGAAAGAACUUACGAUGUUUGAACAAUCAUCCACGCAUGGAAGAAUGACCGAUGAAUUAAGGGAACACUUCGUUCUAACGAGAGUUCAAACACAAAAAUUACUUGACGAUAUGAAAAAAGAAACAUUUGAAAUCUGUGCAUUAAGCAAACAAUUUGAAGACUUGAAAAAAAUCUCUGAAAAUACCGUGAUGGAAAAAUGGACUUCAUUGCAUGGAAAAGCAACCGAUUUAUUGGAAUCGAUUAGAAAAAUGCAUCGCAUGCAGCCCAAACAGCCCAAGGAGAUGGCGAGAUUGGUGUUCGAUGCUUUGAAACUCUGUGAAGAGCAACUACGAUGUUCAGAAAUCGAUUUCUUCGUAAGUCGCAUCAAGGAAUACGCUACAAAUAUUAAGUUACAGCAGAAAGCUUUAAGCUCAUUUCAGGGUCUGCUUGAUCAUUGCCGUAAAAGUUAUGAAGAGAUUACAAAAAAGGCGAUCGAGGAAGAAGAUGCCUUUCCCAUGAUUCCUACCGAUGCUGUGAUAUGUGACAAUACAAGUUUAAGCCUUUUAUUAGGCUCAUGGGAUAGUUUUUGUUUACCAAUGGAGACGGAAAAUUUCGACUUGUAGUCUAUUUUCACGACGAACGUGAAAGAAAAUUUGUCAUAAGCGUUUCUAUUUUUCAAAGUUUUCGUAUUAUUGUUAAAGAUUUUAUAAGAUUGUUUUACGAACGUUAACAAUGUAAUAAAAAUCAAUAUACAUACUUAUAUGUAUCGUAA